AUUAAAUAUAACACUAAAUUCAUAAUAGACACAUACAUAAUAAUUUACACAUAUACAUACAUACAUACGCAUUAAUGUGGAUAGAUAAAAUACAUACUUAAUCCUAUAAAUAACAUAAACAUCAAUACCUACCAAAUACCUACUCGUUCGAGUGCCCGGCCGGCCCGCCGGCACCGGCCGUGUCGGCUGCAGUCAGCUAUCACCGCGCGCCGCUUCAACCGGUCCUGGAUAGUCGCGGCCUUGGACGCCGCCCGAUGCGCCGGCGCUCCCCGCCGCGCAGUGCAGAUCUCGAUCCCACGCUGAACGCACGUCGCUUGGCGCUCCGCCCGUCUUCGUAUCUAUCGCAUCCCCCGCUAGAUCACGAGUACGCCGCUGAGGUGAAGGACGUCAUUGUCAACCCGCCGGCGGAGGGCAAAUAUGAAAAGCUGAAGGCAGAGCUGAUCUCAAGGCUGUCGGCGUCCCGAGAAAAGGAACUGAAGAGGCUGUUGGUGCAUGAGGAGUUAGGUGAUCGCAAGCCAUCCCAAUUCUUGCGUCAUCUUCAGCAUCUAGCAGGCCCGCAGGUACAUGAGGAACUUUUAAGGUCUAUUUGGAUUAAUCGUUUACCAAUGAACAUCCAGGCAGCAAUAGCGUCGCAGCCGACCCCACAGACGUUGGACACGUUGGCAAACACCGCGGAUCGAGUAUGGGACCUCGCACCCCCCAACCCCCAGGUAGCAAGUACGUCACAAACUUGUUCUGCGCCGGGGCCGCAAACCGCUUCAAUGGACUACUUAGCUCAGCAGAUAGCGGAAUUAACCAAGGAAAUCCAUGAAAUGCGCGCAGAAAGGAACACCAGAUCGCGACCAAGAACCAGGGGUAAGGGAUCGCAGAGGUAUGGUCGCAGCCGUAGCCGUGGAACCAGUCAAGGUCGUUCGCAGUCCAGCUACCGUAGAUGGCCUGUGUGUUGGUACCAUUCCAAAUUCCAGUCUCAAGCAACGAAGUGCUUGAAGCCUUGCGAUUUUGUGUCGGGAAACGGUCAGGGCAAUCUGUGAUGGCGGCCAACAAUUGCUCGAGGCCAGGUCGCCUGUUCGUUACAGACCGACGUACCAAAAUGCAGUUUCUCGUGGAUACAGGAAGCGAUCUCUGUGUUUUUCCGCACUCGGCUCUUCGUGAACAUCGACCCAAAAGCAAGUAUGAACUGUUCGCCGCGAAUGGAUCUGUAAUCAAUACUUACGGAUAUGUACAGCUACACCUGGAUUUAGGUCUUCGUCGUGAGUACGGCUGGCAAUUUACUGUAGCCGACGUCACCAAGCCAAUCAUAGGCGUCGACUUUCUGUCUUACUACUAUUUACUCGUCGACAGCCGUAACAAACGCCUAAUUGAUAAUACGACCUCUCUGUCUGUGGCAGCCAUGUCAGCUGAAAACACAAGCAACAUAGCAUCCAUCAAGACGUCAAUCGGAGAAUCGAGGUAUGAUAGCAUAGUACAAGAGUUCCCAGACAUCACGCGGCCUCCAGGAGUUCAUCGUGAGAUCAAACACAGCACGGUUCACUACAUAAAGACGACGGAUGGUCCUCCAGUCCACUGCACACCUAGAAGGUUAGCACCUGACAAGCUUAAGAUAGCCAAGCAGGAGUUUGAGUCCAUGCUCAAAUGUGGAACAGCCAGACCAUCACUGAGCCCUUGGUCUUCGCCACUACAUCUAGCGCCCAAGAAAGAUAAUGGCUGGAGACCAUGCGGCGACUAUAGGCAACUGAACGCGAGAACUGUUCCAGAUCGCUACCCGAUUCGUCACAUCCAUGACUUUUCUCACCAGCUCGCCGGAUGUAAGGUCUUCUCGACAAUAGACUUGGUUAAGGCCUACAACCAAAUUCCAGUGCACGAGCAGGACAUCCCUAAGACAGCGAUUUCAACUCCGUUCGGGUUAUAUGAG